AUGUCCCACCAGCGCGUGAGGCGCGGCGGCUCCCCGACCCCCGCUACUUCCCUGGCGGGGGGAGGCGGCGCGGCGGCGGCGGGCGGCGGAGCAGCAGGAGCGAGCAGCCGCCUCCAGCCCAUGCGGGCCACGGUGCCCUUCCAGCUCAAGCAGCAGCAGCAGCAACAACAUGGCAGCCCCACGAGGAGCGGUGGCGGCCCGGCAGCGGGGCUCCCACGCGCGGCGCCCCCCGGCAGCGGCGGACGCGGAGGCCCCGCCACGGCCCCGCCGGGGGGAGCGGGGAGCGGCGGCGGCGCCGCCUCUUCGCGGGGCAGCCCCACGCGCGGCCAUGGCGGGGCGCGGGGCAGCCCCCCGCGGCACCACCACCUGCCGCCGCCGCCCCCGCCGCCGGGCAGCGGGCCCUCGCCCUGCUCCUCGCCGGUGCCUCCGCUGCCGGAGGGCAGGGUCCGGCACCACCACCGGCGGCAGUCGCCGGAGCCGGGCAGGAGCUCCCCAGAGAGGAAGAGUCCCAGCUCCCCCGUCUGCAAAGACAAAUCAAGACCCCCUUCAUCAAGCCCUUCCAGCAUUGUUCGCCGCACCUCUUCACUGGAUACGCUCGCUGCUCCGUACCUCGCUGGGCAGUGGCCUCGGGAUAAUCACGGACACGCUGCUCCCUGCAUGAGAGACAAGGCCACACAGACAGAAAGUGCCUGGGCUGAAGAAUAUUUAGAAAAGAAGAGAAGUUCACACAAACGUUCAUCAUCGUGGGGCAGCAAUGAACAGCUCAAGGAGAUUGCAAAAUUGCGUCAACAGCUGCAGAGAAGCAAACACAGCAGCAGGCAUCAUCGGGACAAGGAAAGGCAGUCCCCUUUUCAUGGCAACCAUGCAGCCAUUAACCACAGUCAGGCUCACAUCCCAAAGAGUGCUCUUGUUCCUGUGAUACCUAUUACCAAAUCAACGGGGUCACGGUUCCGGAACAGUGUAGAAGGAUUGAAUCAAGAGAUUGAGAUAAUAAUUAAGGAGACAGGAGACAAGGAGGAACAACUUGUUCCUCAAGAUAUUCCAGACGGGCACCGUGCCCCGCCUCCGCUGGCGCAGCGCAGCAGCAGCACCCGCAGCAUUGACACCCAAACGCCCGGUGGAGCAGACAAGGGCAGCAACAACAGCAGCCGCUCCCAGUCCGUGUCUCCAAGCUCCUUUCUCACCAUCUGUAAUGAAGGCAGUGAGGAAAGCCCGUGUUCUGCAGAUGAUCUGCUCGGUGAUUCCAGAGAUAAAGAAAAUGGGAAUAAUUCUCCCUUGCCAAAAUACGCUACCUCACCAAAACCCAACAACAGCUACAUGUUCAAGCGUGAACCUCCUGAGGGCUGUGAAAAGGUGAAAGUCUUUGAGGAAAACUUGCCAAAACCGUUGCACGAAAUUCCAGCCUUCUAUUGCCCUGACAAGAACAAAGUGAAUUUCAUUCCGAAAAGUGGCUCUGCUUUCUGUCUUGUCAGCAUCCUCAAGCCACUUCUUCCCACACAGGAUCUCACACUUAAGGGCACUACACACAGCCUGACUGUCUCUUCCAGCAUGACACCUGGUUUGUUACAGCCCAUUUCUAUGGCCUCCUUGACUACAAGCACAGAUCAAGACAGAAUCUCUCGUGGAACAAGUACAGUAAUGCCACAGACCUCUCUGCUCCAGCAGUCAGGAUGUAUUGAGGAAGCUGAAGAAUAAUUUAGAUUGUCUUGACAUUUUUCUGGGCAACUACUGGGAAAAAAAUGGAACCAGUUGACCGGACCUUUCUCAUCACACACAUGCAUUGUUUUAACAAUUUAUGGCACUGCCAUAAUCAAAACUGUUUGUAUAAUUGACAGUUUGUAGCACAUUGAGAAGUUCAGGAGGAUGCAGCAGCUGAUAUGCUGUUGUACUUCCUGCUUUGGAAAACUCUGGUUCUGUUUCUCUUCUGCUUUUUUUAA